CUCUCUCUCUCUGUCUCUCUGUGUCUCUUUCUGUGUCCCUGUCCCCCUGUCUCUCUCUCUGUCUGUCUCUGUCCCUGUCUCUGUGCCCGGUGAUGGAGUACUGGCGGCAGUGCGCGCACUGGUUGAUCCGGUGCCGGGUUCUCCCGCAGACGCACCGGGUGACCUGGGACACGGCGCGCGCCUUCGACCUCGCGCAGAGUCUCCGGGACGGCGUGCUGCUGUGUCAGCUCCUCAACAACCUCCGUCCUCAGACCAUCAACCUGAAGGAGAUCAACCUCAGGCCGCAGAUGUCCCAGUUCCUGUGCCUGAAGAACAUCAGAACGUUCCUGUCUGCCUGCUGCGAAGUGUUCGCUAUGAAGAAGAGCGAGCUGUUCGAGGCUUUCGACCUGUUCGACGUGCGCGACUUCGGCAAGGUGAUCGACACACUUUCUAAACUCUCCAACACAACAAUCGCACUACAAACUGGAAUACGGGCGUUUCCUACAGAAGAAAGUGUGGAAGACGAGGACAUCUACAAUCAUCUGGAAGACCUUAUAGAUGAGAAUGGCGUGGACGAUGAAGAGGACCUGUAUGACUGUGUGUAUGAUGAUGAUGGUGGUGGUGAGGUUUAUGAAGACCUGAUGAAAAUGGAGGCUGGAGCUCCACCGAAACAGGUGGAGACAGACAUCAGGAGCUGCUGCCUGGCUGAGAUCAGACAGACGGAGGAGAAGUAUGCAGAGACACUGGAGUCUAUCGAGAAAUACUUCCUCAGGCCGCUGGAGCAGUUCCUCACAUCGUCCGAGAUUAACAGGGUCUUCAUCAACAUUCCUGACCUGGUGAAAGUGCACAAGAGCCUGCUGCAAGAUCUGCAGAACUCCAUCAGUCACCAAAGUGCCAGUAACCUCUACCACAUCUUCAUCGACUACAAGGAGAGGUUACUGAUCUAUGGGAAGUACUGCAGCCAUGUAGAGACGGCCAUCGCAUUCCUGGAUGAACUCUGUAAAGAAAAAGAGGACGUGAGACAAAAGCUAGAGGUCUGUUCUAAAAGAGCGAAUAACGGCAAGUUCACGCUCAGAGAUCUCCUUGUGGUGCCGAUGCAAAGGGUUUUAAAGUAUCAUCUGCUUCUCCAGGAAUUAGUGAAACACACUAAUGACGCUGUGGAGAAGAGCAACCUGCGCAGCGCUCUGGAUGCCAUGAAGGAUUUGGCGCAGUAUGUGAACGAGGUAAAGAGAGACAACGAGACGCUGAGGGAGAUCGACCAGUAUCAGAAAUCCAUCGAGAAUCUUAAUCUGCGUCUGUCAAAUUACGGGAGGCCUAAAGGGGACGGGGAGGUUCGAGUCUCGACGGUGGACAAACGAGCCAAACAGGACAGGCACAUCUUCCUGUUUGAUGCGGCUGCGAUCGUGUGUAAGAGGCGAGGAGACGGGUACGAGAUGAAGGACGUGAUCGACCUCUACAACUAUAAAAUCACCAACAACCCAACCUCGGACAAGGAGAACCGCAAGUGGUCAUACGGGUUUUACCUCACACACACUCAGGGACGAAACGGCUUCGAGUUCUUCUUCAAGACCAAAGAACUGAAGAAGAAGUGGCUCGAGCAGUUCGGGAUGGCCAUCUCCAACAUCCAGCCGGAGAACGGCAACAGUAACGAGCACGAGUUCCGCAUGCACACCUUCGAGAAGAUCACGGCCUGCAGCUCCUGCAAGAUGCUCCUGAGGGGGAUCUUUAAUCAGGGAUAUCAGUGCUCUAAAUGUGGAGAAGGAGCUCAUAAGGAAUGUCUGGCCAGAGUGUUAACGUGUGGAAAAGGAAGCGGAUCCGAUAUGGGAUCCUCUCGAGCACAGGACCGAGCACACAGCCGGAGAGCAGACCCAGGUUUGCCAAAGAUGUUGGCUAUCAGGAAUUACCGCGGCGAUCCCGUCCCGCAGUGCGGCCCCGCCCUCAACAUCCAGCAGGGUGAUAUCAUCGAGCUGAUCCGUGCAGACCUGCACAGCUCCUGGUGGCAGGGCAAAGUCCUGUCGAAGAGAGAGGUUGGAUUCUUUCCAAGCGACGCUGUGAAGCCUUGCCCAUGUGCAAGACCCAUCAAUUACACUUCCCAGCUCUGGUUUGCAGGUGCCAUGAUGCGAGGGCAGGCGGAGGAGGCGCUUUUAAACAGGCAGAACAGCACGUACCUGGUGAGGCACCGAGGACACGAGAGCAACGAGUACGCCAUCAGCAUCAAGUUCAACAACGAGGUGAAACACAUUAAGAUCUUAGCCAGAGACGGCUUCUUCCAGAUCGCAGAGAACAGGAAGUUCAAUAACAUCAUGGAGCUGAUUGAGUACUAUAAGCAUCACUCACUGAAGGAGGGCUUCAGGACCCUCGAUACAACACUGCAGUUUGCCUACAGAGAGCCGGAGAACAGAGGCACCGCUCCAUUGCUGUGCACUCUUUCUUUAGUUUCUCCUGCAGGCUGCAGCUUCGUGCCCCCCUCCUCCGCCCCCUUCUGGUCAGCGCUGACUCCGAAGGUGAUCGGUGUGGCGAUCGCUCGGUACGAUUUCAGUUCUCGGGACAUGAGGGAGCUGUCGCUGCAGGAAGGCGACGUAGUGACGAUCUACAGCAAGUCCACGACUAACGGCUGGUGGAGGGGUGAAGUGAACGGCCGGGUGGGCUGGUUUCCCUCCACAUAUGUAGAAGAAGAAGAGGAAUGAAAAACAGACCAACAGAAGGAAGUAAAAAUGUUUACAUGCUGAACCGGACUGAACAAUGGACUUGUCCCACUUUGAAAACGAGUCUGAAAGGCGUCUUGAAGUGUCUCAGCAGGGACACUCUGUGCUUACCCAGAAUCCUCUGCUGUCAGCAAAGCAGCCACCAGUGAAGGUGUUUUUGUUUGUGUGCAUGUGUACGUGUGUGUGUGUGUGUGUGUGUAUUACUAUGAAUGAUGUAAGAACACCCACAGGCAUGUAUGUCACUGUGUGUGUGUGUGUGUGUGUGUGUGUGUGUGUGCGCGCGUAUCUUUGACAUUGUCACUAAUCAGUUGGCUUUAUUGUGUGGAUGUUAGAGUUUUCUCGUCCUCCGUUGUUGCUGCUUAUCUUGUAAGGACAUUUUUAUCUGAUUUAAGAGAGCGAGAGCAGACAGAUACACACACACACACACACACACACACACACACACACACACGCACUGUGAGUCUCACUUCUAGAUAGUGCACCCACUGCAAAUUUAAUCCAGUAUCCUGAUGGUUAAUGAUUGACAGCUCACACUCGCUGUUCUUAUCUGACCCACUUUUCAGGCACCAGAACCUCCAGCCAGUCCCUUUCAGCCCAAAACUGAAAUACAGCCUUGGAGUAAAUUCAUUUAUUUAUUUUAUUAUUUUUUUUGGUAUUAGUUUUCACAUUCAUGUUAGAGCAUCGUAAAAUGGGGUUUUGCAGAUAUUUAUUUGCUCAUAUAUCUAAAAAGCUCAGUCUGAUUCGGUCAGAACCUGGCUGUAGUGUGGAGGUUCUGUCACUAGAUGGCAGCAGAACAAAUGGAUUAGUGUUGUACGCUAAAUCCUCAUUACGCUACAAUACACACCUCACUCUUGAACCUCCUGCUGAGCAGUUAGAGACAUCACAGAACCUCUCAGAACUCUGUCCGCAGGGACCGGCAUGGUGAGGGGAGAGUUUAAGCUAAUGAGUAGGUCACAUUUUCCAAGACAUUCCAUAACACAGAACGUUCCCAGGAAUGUCCCAAAUAGUCAAUUAAGCAGCCUUUUAGAAGCUUCUAGCACAUGGACCCAUGGGACAAUCCAGAACACGUCCUAUUUCAGAACGUCUAACCCUAGACCAGUAUGCAUGCAGACUUAAUCCAUACGUAAAACAUUCUAUAAUCCUUUUCCAGCCCAAAAAAUUAUAUUAGCCAUUCUAGAACCAGUAUAAUACAAACUCAGGCUAGAACCCCUAUCAUCAACACAGAUAACCAGCCUAUUCUGGAAAUCCUAAAAUGCAGCCUGGUCCCAUUCUGGAACCUCCACAUAACAGAUUUAUGCUAGAACAUUCCAAAUAAUUAAGACAUUCUAGAACCUUCAUAACACAGACUCAGGAACAAGCAUGGCAGAUGACCAAGCCAUUCUAGAACCUACAUUAUACAGACUCAGGAUAGAGCAUCCCAGAUAAUCAAGCCAUUCUAGAACCUCUGUAAUACAGACACAUAGAGCAUCUAAAGUAACUGACCCAGUGAUGCUAGAACAUCCUUAAUGAUCCACCUAUUCUAGAACCUUCCAGAAUACCGAAUAUAUAUCCUAGGACUUUACAUAUCACAAACCUGUCCUGAAAUAUACUGUAUCUGCUGAGGAAACUCUUAUAAAUAUCUAGAACAGCCAUUAUUGUCUGUCC